CGACGUGCUGACGUAAGACGUGUGAACAACAAACAGUUGUUGGACUUCCACAAGCUGCUAGCGAAGGAACUUACUCGGGUGCAGUCGGCAGGUGAAGUGACGGUACGCAUCUAUCGCUACUGUUAGCCUUAGAAACAUGCUCAUAUGUGGAGAGUGACGCCUGUUUUUUUUCCCUCGCUGCCGCUGCUCUGGGGCUGUGAUGCACGACAGAGGGUGAACAAGAGGUCCAGUUGGAAAUGUUUGCUUCCCACUGAAGAAUGAACUUAAACGUUAUCGUAGAAAGAAGACUAGGCAAAGGAGCGGACAUGCGACCGUAUGUAGGCCUGGAUAUCGUUGUUGGAAAACUACUUUAGCUCGCUAGCAUUGGAUCGCUUCUUUCAUGCAAAUGAAUCGGUUUGUGUCUAGCUGUAAGCUCACAAUGCUAGCGUAAUGGAGGUGCUCAGAGCUACCUGUACAUUAUAAAUGGACUUCUCUAGCCUCUUAAAUCAGCGUUGAGAUCUUCUGACUGCCAACAAAUCAUAUAUGUUUCAUAUGUGGAGCAAAAAAACUUACACAAUUAGAAAAAAAUAGUAACUAAAAAUUUAUGACGUGCCUUUGUACUGACGAUUUUAAAGUUUUAGUUUAUUUUGUGUUAAUGUCACUUAUUUACAAAUGUGUGCGAUUUACAGUUCCCCCUCUGCUCUAGAAUGAAUCAGACGAUAUCUGAAGAUACUGUGUCGAUUCAACUUGAAUUGUAAGGAGCUGAAUGCCUGCACAUCAGUGAGACAGAGGCAGACGAUAAGGUCCUGUUAGUUCUGGUUACUGUUUAAUCCAAUAUGCUGCCUGUCUGGCACAGUUAAAUAUCCCUUCCAUUGGAAAUGAAACCAUGAAUAUCGAAGAGCAGUGUCUAGAUGUGUGCAAUAUUAAGACUAAAGUAAAUGACCACGAUGAUGACAACACUACAACUAAUUCAGAAGGGGUCAUAUCCUGUAUUUCAGAGCUGAUGAUGGACAUUAAUAGUGAUAAACAAACUAUUGUUCCAACUGACACCACCAAACUUUACCUAAUGCCUCAGCUUACGGACAACCUCCAGGCUACGGACGAGGACAAUCACAAGGAUCCAGAUGGACAAGAAAUAGAUGAGGUCAAUGGAAAUUGUAAAAGCAGUACACAAAACACCCAUCUGGUUGAAAAUCCUUCUAAUGUAGUUAUAUCAAAUGAGGAGCCACAGAUGGACAGUGUUGGGGUGACAGUAAUACAGGAAGAAAAAGACAUUGAUUUCAUAUCAGGGGAAAGCCAUGAAGGUGGGGACAUGGACAUUGGCUUGGAUCUUAGUCUCAAUGAAAGUGGCGUUUUGGAGGCUGAAUCAUCAGAUGUAACGCAGUCAAAUAAUGCCUUAGCAUCGGACCUCUCUACCCAGGAGGUCCCAGCUCUCAGCACCACAGAGUGUGUAUCAGAUGAGAGCCACAACAGGAGCACAAAGCCCACCUCCACAGACCAGACCGAGCUCACCGAGUCACCUGCAGUAGAGGAGGGAGAGGACAAACUCAAAACCAGCGGCAAAAGAGUGACAUUUCCUUCGGAUGAGGACAUCGUUUCUGGAGCCGUGGAGCCCAAAGACCCCUGGAGACAUGCUCAGAAUGUAACCGUGGAGGAGAUCCUGUCUGCUUACAAACUGUCCUGUCAGAAACUCAGUUGUAAACCUCUGCCCAAAGUGCUCAAACAGAUUCAGGAACUAAAAGACCUGACACAGCGAAAUGAAUGCUUGGAUCUAAAAGGCGAGAAGCUGGACUACAAAUCUUGUGAAGCUCUUGAGGAGAUCUUAAAGAGGGUCCAGUUUAAAGUGAUAGACCUUGAACAGACAAAUCUGGAUGAAGAUGGUGCAUCUGCUUUGUUCGAUAUGAUUGAGUACUACGAGUCUGCCACACACCUUAAUAUCUCCUUCAACAAGCACAUUGGCACACGAGGAUGGCAGGCUGCUGCUCACAUGAUGAGAAAGACGAGCUCUCUACAGUAUCUGGACGCCCGUAACACCCCUCUCCUGGACCACUCUGCUCCCUUUGUUGCCAGAGCACUCCGGAUCAGCGGCAGCCUGGCAGUGCUCCACCUGGAGAAUGCAGGGUUAUCUGGCAGGCCACUAAUGUUACUUGCUACUGCUUUAAAAAUGAACAUGAACCUGCGUGAGCUUUACCUGGCGGACAACAAGCUCAAUGGCCUCCAGGACUCGGCUCAGCUCGGAAACCUGCUCAAAUUUAACUAUAAUAUUCAGAUCCUGGACUUGCGCAAUAACCACAUCCUCGACUCUGGUCUGGCCUAUAUUUGUGAAGGACUCAAAGAACAGAGGAAAGGGCUUGUCACUUUAGUGCUAUGGAACAACCAGCUUACCCACAAUGGCAUGGGCUACCUCGCUGCUGCAUUGCCAUGCACACAGAGUCUGGAGACUCUGAACUUGGGCCAUAACUCUGUGGGUAAUGAAGGUGUUCAUAAACUGAAAGACGGACUGAUCUCUAACCGCUCUGUGCUCAGACUGGGCCUGGCCUCUACCAAGUUGUCCUGUGAAGGAGCAGUAGCUGUAGCUGAGUUCAUUGCCGAGAGUCCCAGACUGCUUCGUCUGGACCUUCGGGAGAAUGAGAUUAAAACCGGAGGACUCAUGGCUCUCUCGCUUGCUCUGAAAGUCAACACCUCUCUGCUGCGCCUGGACCUGGACCGAGAGCCCAAAAAGGAAACGGUAAAAAGCUUCAUUGAAACACAGCGUGCCCUGCUGUCAGAGAUCCAGAAUGGAUGUAAAAGAAACUUUAUUCUGGCUAAAGAAAAAGAGGAGAAUGAGCAGAAGAUGAGAUCUGCCAGUAUGGCGGAGAUUGCCACUGAAGACAGCACUGGAGUAGAAGAAGAGCAGGGUGAGAGUUCAGAGAACCAAGGUGAGAGACCAAAGAAAGAAGAAGAAGAAGAAGAAGAGAAACCAGAAAGUGGAGCAGAGGUAGACAGCCAAUCAGAGGAGAGCACUGAGAAAGGAGAUUCUCCGAUAGUUGUGGACUCGGACUCAGAUACUGAGGAUGAGGAGGAGGUGGUGCUAUGUAAACCCCCCUCUGCUCCUCCUGCCCCAUCGGCCCCUCCUGCCCCAUCGGCCCCUCCUGUCCCUCCCCCAGCUGCAGGAGGCCAGAGCACCAUCUCCAACAUCACUGUCACCGAGGCUGCAGUCCCCACCGGCACCCCGCCUUCUCCGGGGCGCUGCAUUUCAGUGUCCAGUCCAGGUCGGGGACAUAAGAUCUUCAUGGUUACUCGAGUAGAGAGCCCUCCUGAGCAACAGCAAGUGCAAAACCUCUUCAAGAAAUCUGCAGACACUGAUAAAUCAUCUACAACCAUAGAAAACAUUUCUGUUUUGAAGUUAGAGCAGAGUCAAGUAGCAACACUAAAUGUACCACAUACCAACACACUGAAGUCAGAGUUGGUCAGUCAACCAACAGAGGACACAACGCCAAGCACUUUAAAGACUAGAGAGUUAGACCAGAGCGCACAGGGUACAAAUACCCCAGAGCACACAGCAACACAUUCACUGACUACAGCACAGAGCACUACAGGCCCCCAACCUGACCCCCCCUGUGGAGAACAGCAGCUGGAUAGUAACAGCAGUCCCAUAGAGGACAAAGGACAGUGUGAGCAACAGCAGCCAGUCACACAGAUAUUGUCCGAGACAGAGCAGAAGUCUGAUGAUGGUCAACUAAGAACUGUUCAAAAAUUCAAUGCAAAGGUAGCAAGUCAGGACCAGGAAAUACAGCAGGUUCAGCCUGUACAAACCAAUGAAGAGCAGGUACCUGCCUCAGAAAUGCAGGAGGCUGACACACAACCUGAGGAAGCUGAUGAUGGGUCAGAUGAGAGCUCUGCAGACGAGUGUUUCAGUGAAGCUCUAACUGGAGAAGAGGAGGAAGUUUCUGCUGUUUUGCCCAAUGGUCUAAAGACUGAGUUCUCCCUUCAUCUGCUGGACACUGACAGCCCCAAACCUGGCAGCUGUGUCAUGGAGCACGUGAGUGUCAGCUGUGGACAGGACUUGGAAGAGUUGCUACUAGAAGCCAGUUUAGACACAGGAAAGGAUGCCCCAUGAGCUUAUAAGGUAAGACAAAUAUAUUUUAUAACAAAUUUCC